ACAGAUGUUUCUACGUGUCUAUAUAACAUGUAUGAAUGCAGCAGGGAUUUUAACUUUGACGGAGAUUGUCUGAUCGGCUACCCGUCUAUGCGACAGCAUUUGCAGAUUGAUUAGCUCCCCAUGGCACAUUAACACAAGCUCAUAACCUAGUCGGCCAGUAGCAAAACUGGCAGAUGCUUUACCGUCAUGGGGUUCUUUCAUCAACUGCGUGUCCUUCUCUGGAAAAACUUUGUCUUGAAGAAGAGACGCUUGGUGACAGUGACACUGGAGACGCUUAUCCCGUUGGUGUUGUUUGUCAUCCUUAUUUUCAUCAGGAAGCAACAGCCUUCAAAGCGUGUUGGUCAAACUUACUUCACUGCAAUGCCGUUACCAUCAUCUGGCAUCAUUCCUGUUCUUCAAACGUUCUGCCCGUCUUUCGAGAGAGAUCCGUUUGGAUUCCCAGACCAUCCUAAUUCAGGCGUGGAGCAGUUCCUGAAUCGUCUGGACAAAGUGGUUGGGGAAAACAAACUAUUCACCGAUGACUUUUCUCUGGAGCGUGUUGAGGUCGAACUGGACGCAUUCCAGAAUUUGAUCAACGAUGAGGGCGCUAUUGAGCAACGCUUUGCUCUGGCAGAAGAUUUUAGUCUGGAUGACAUUGUGAAGAAUAGCAGUGUGUUAGAGACGUAUUUGGUCCGCAACUUGACUAUUCCAAGGUCAGACGCACAGCAGAUAAUGCACAACGAACUCAAUGUGACUGAGAUAUUUAAUUUGCUAUAUGGAUACCGUCCUGAGGCCUUUGACUUAGGACGUUUGCCGAACUCAACCAACUCUACCUAUCCAUCCAAGAGUGCUUCCGACUUCACAACUUUCCUUAACAAUCGGAUGAGUAGUCAGUGUUGCGGAGCCGUCUUCAAACGUCUACCCGAUAAGGACUUGUUUAGCUUCAACGGAUUGCUGGGUUUGCUGACGUUACAGCCAGUCGGGUUACUAUCGGCAUUAGGCGAUGGCAAAGACUUGAACGAUUCCACGGGUGCAAGUGACGGAGAAGCUCUGAGAUUGAGUCAAGAGUAUGCGGACUCUCUUUUUUCUCCAUCUGAAUUACAAGACAUCAUGUGUCAUAAGAAGACAAUCUCAGCUCUGUAUGAUACAGAAAACAGUCAGUUCAACAGCUCUGGUCAUGUGGUUGAUGAUCUAUGCAACAGACAGGAUGCACCUGUUUUGUUUGAAGGAUUCUCUGCCCUUUUAAGAGAUCAGUUAGAUACGGAUGCUUUACUUCACAAGCUGAAUAUAUCCAGUUCUGACCUUGAAGAAACUCGAGAAAAGGCGAUAGCUGUUAUGAAGGAGCUCGAUAAGUUUGCGGUGUUCCAGGAGACGUUGAAUGACCUGUACCACUUUGCUCUGGACCUGCCGGGCGAUAACUGUCCGGAAGAACCAGCACCAACUACAGAUGCCUCGCCGUCGUCACCGACGCCAACUACGCGAUAUUCAUCGUCAUCCUCGUCACCCCACACGCCAACAACCUCAAGUGCACCAUGGUUCGAUUGGAACUCCUUUCUGGAUGACAGUAAAGAUGAAGGCAAUUCCUCAGGUUUUCCCGAAGAUGACAUCUCGAACAUAUCUCAAGCCAGUAUUUUGACGACGUUUAAACCAGAUGCAGUAUCCAGCACUCCUGAAGACGGGGGAACUGCCGAACCAGAACAAGACGAGAAAUCCAAAAAGCUAGCUCAGCUGUACAAGCUGUGGGCCAAGAUGCAGUACGGUCUGUGCGGUCAGGAACUGAAGGUCAACGACGAGGCUCUAGCCAAGGGGGACUUCAAGGCGAUGCAUCUGAACAAGCAUCAGAAGAAGAGUCUUGGACUGUUACUCCACGUCUUGUUUAGCAAUCCGAGAAUCCUGUAUGCGCCCAAUACUACCGAUGUCAAUGAUCUGAUUGACAAGGCAAGCGACAUGAUACACCUGAUGCAGAACAUAACGCACUAUGCUCAACUCUGGCGUAACAUCUCGGAGGAGAUACGAACCUACAUGCACAUGGACAGCACUCAACUUGUGUUAAGCUGGCUUGGUCAGUUGGAAGAAAGCUAUUCCGGUCACCCCUUGCUCUUCCAAAACAUCACUAGGAUGACAUCUCCGGAUCUGGGUAACCUCAUCGUCAAUCACACCUACAUCAACACUACAAGUAUCGAGAUGAAACUGGACGUCAUAGAUAACGCUGCAUGUGGAUGGCUGAAUCUCGCUGGCAGCGUAAACUUCAACGUUUAUCGGCCGUUUGAAGAUGAAGAAGCGCUGAUCGAUUAUAUACUGAACGAUGCUCGGCAUGACAACGUCACGGUCUUUGGAAGCCUAGUAUUUGAAGUUGAUGACGAGGGCAAUCUUCCGCCUCACAUUGUCUACAAGAUUCGUCAAAACACGUCCUUCACCGAUCGGAGCGAUUUGAUUCGCCGUCGUUUCUGGGCUCCCGGCUCCAAUCACAAGUCGACCCUGGGCUACUACACCUUUGGAUUUGUCUGGAUUCAGGAUAUCAUCGAGAGAGCGAUCAUCAAUAAGUGGGUCGGGAGGAGAGUUGUAGAGCCAGGGAGUUACGUCCAGGAAUUUCCAUACCCAUGCUACAUCAGUGAUAAUUUCAUUUUCAUGAUCGAGCAUAUCAUGCCGAUGAUGUUGAUAGUAUCUUGGGUCUACUAUGUGGCCAUGUUUACGCAAAGUAUCGUGUAUGAGAAGGAAGUCAGACUGAAGGAGGUGAUGAAGAUGAUGGGGCUAAGUAACGCUGUUCAUUGGGUGGCAUGGUUCAUCGUUGGUUUCUCCCAGAUGUCGUUAACCAUCGUAGCCUUAAUCUGCAUCUUGCAGUACGGAGAAAUACUGAUCCACAGCGAUCCGAUCAUUGUAUGGCUGACUCUUACCAUCUUUGCCAUGGCAACCAUCUGUUUCUGUUUUCUAGUGAGUGUACUCUUCUCCAAGGCUAAGCUCGCUGCAGCAUGUGCCGGCAUCAUAUACUUCACUAGCUACGUACCAUGCCUGUAUAUUGCCAUACGAGAGGAGAGUUUGGCCUAUGUGGACAUAUCAAGCUCCUUAAAGACGGUGGUGUCACUCUUGUCCACCACCGCCUUUGGUUUGGGCGCUCGCUACUUUGCCCUCUACGAGGAAAAUGGGGUAGGGAUCCAAUGGAACAACAUCGGCCAAAGUCCUGUGGAACACGAUUCGUUCAAUCUACUCCGUGUCCUGAUCAUGAUGUUGGUUGAUAUGGUUGUGUACUGUCUGCUGACGUGGUACAUUGAAGGAGUUCAUCCAGGAUCCUACGGUCUUCCCCGUCGAUGGUACUUCCCUCUACAACGCUCUUAUUGGUUUGGACAUCAACCUGGUGAUACCGACCAUUCCGUCUGCUGUGAUUGCUGCGUCCGUUGUCGGAGAGAUCGUCAUAGUCCAUUGUCUGUAGUGGAAGAGAAUCAAGCAUGCUCUAUGCACAGCAACAUAAACAGUGCCUACAUGGAGCCAGAUCCUACCCAUCUACCAUUGGGUGUCGGCAUUGAUAAGUUGAGCAAGGUGUACCAAGCCGGUGGGAAGAGAGCUGUGAAUAAACUGAGUUUGAAGUUCUACGAAGGACAGAUCACCUCGUUUCUUGGCCACAACGGAGCAGGCAAAACGACCACAAUAUCCAUGUUGACUGGGCUCUUCCCGCCCACUUCUGGCACGGCUCACAUCUACGGCUCGGACAUCCGUUCCGACAUGGACACGAUACGUAAAAGCCUCGGCAUGUGCCCUCAACAUAACGCACUCUUUGACAAACUGACAGUAGAGGAACAUAUCUGGUUUUACUGCUUACUGAAAGGUGUUCCAAGCUCUCUCAUCAAAUCAGAAAUGACCAAGAUGAUCACAGACAUUGGCCUGUUGAAGAAGCGUAGCAGUGUCGUCAACACUUUGUCUGGUGGCAUGCAGCGUAAACUCUCCGUUGCGAUAGCGUUUGUUGGUGGUUCUCGGACGGUCAUACUUGAUGAACCUACUGCGGGGGUCGACCCGUGUGCUCGCCGAGCUAUUUGGGAGCUCCUCCUUAAAUAUAAGCAAGGUCGGACCAUUAUUCUGUGCACCCAUCACAUGGAUGAAGCUGACAUCCUCGGCGACCGGAUCGCCAUCUUGUCUAACGGUGAACUCAAGUGUGUUGGUUCCUCACUGUUUCUCAAGGCAACGUUUGGUGACGGGUACCAGCUAACCCUCAUCAAGAAGCCAGUCGCACCCAGUGAGAAUUGUAACCGUUCAAGCACAUCGCAAACGAACGACGAACCACAACAAAACUCUCCAAGAAACGACUCCUUCUUCUCCAACUGCUGCACCAAAGACGUCACCGAAUUCAUCCAGCAACACGUUGCCAGGGCGACGCUUUCCUCCGAGACUCUACGAGAGUUGACGUACGUCCUGCCCACCGAGGCCAUGCAGAAGGGAACGUUGGAAGAUCUGUUCCAGGAACUGACCGAGGAGAAACUGGAAGCCUUGAAUCUGUCAGGAUAUGGAUUGAUGGAUUCAUCCUUGGAAGAGGUCUUCCUGAAAGUCGCGGAUAGGUUUGGAGUCAAUAAAGUCGAUGGAGAGUCAUCUUCCGACUACUCCACAGUAGACUAUCCCCUCCCAACACAGCCAUCCAGUAGUGACACACCUCCGGGGGAAGUGGAACUGUCCAAUGUCAGUCAGUUCCAUCGCAGUAGCAGUGUAUCAGAUGAGGUCUUCACGGGACAGGCCCACUCUCAGACUAGGGGAGGUUACAGUUCAGUAUCGCAGGAGGAGCAACAAACUGCAUCCUCGACCCACUUGGACGACACAGGCUCCUAUUUACUGACGGGCAUCUUGCUACAACUCAGUCAGUUCCAAGCGUUGAUGAUCAAGCGCUUCCACUACACCAGACACAACCGCAAGAGUCUCUUCACGCAGCUGAUCCUACCGGCGUUCUUCGUUUGCAUCGCGAUGAGCGUCGCGCUGUCCGCUCCCAAAGUGGGCAACUUCCCUCCGCGGAUCCUGACGCCGUCGCAGUACCACCCGUUGACCUACCCUGACAAUACAUAUUCAGUGUAUGCAAAUGAGGCUCUGAAUAACAGGCGGAGCUAUCAUAUCUACCGCUCAGUUAACGGCGAUGCUGAUCCGACACAAUUGACAUCCACAUUAAGAUACCCGGCAGGGAUCGGCGCAAGUUGUGUCCUGAAGACACCUUGGAAUGGCACCUUGGACAGACUGGUCCAGUCCAACAACUACUCAUCCAGUGUCAAUCUUCGAGGCAAAUACUUUGAUCGAAUGUGCGAGGAAUCCUUCAAGAAGGGAGAACCGUUGUCCAACUACGUCCCCGAGAUCCCCCACGAGCCACCUCCGCCCGAGGAGUCCGAGUUUGAUGAUGGUGGUGCAUCUUUUACGAAACCAGCAGGCACCACCCACAUCAAGGAGAAGACAUGCGGAUGCUCGGCGGAUGGAAACGGUUUCAUCUGCCCACCAAACGUCGGUGAACCAGAGCCUGAUCAUCUAAAGGUCAUCACCAGCGAUAUACUGCUAGAUAUCAGUGGGAGGAAUGUGUCGGAGUAUCUGCUGUAUACCACCGAUAAAUUCAGGCUGAAAAGGUAUGGAGGUUUGUCCUUUGGGAAUGUGCGGACGUUUGUACCAGCCAAGUAUGGUAACAUUGUACCUGACACAUACCGUAUGAUUGCGGUCAGGAACGCAGCAAUCGCUUGGUUCAGUCAUAAAGGCUAUCAUUCUGUACCCACCUACAUCAACGUCCUAAACAAUGCCAUCUUAAGAGCGAACCUUGACCCAGAUAUCCAUGGCAACCCGUCUGCUUAUGGAAUCACUGUCAUCAACCACCCAGUCAAUAAGACAGGAUGGCAGCUGGAAGAGGAGUUUGUUAAUCGUCAAUCGACCAACGUUCUGAUCGCCAUCUUCAUCAUCGUUGCCAUGUCGUUUGUGCCCGCCGGGUUUGUUGUCUUCCUGGUUAUUGAGCGCUCAACGAAAGCCAAACAUCUGCAGUUUGUGAGUGGUAUGAGACCCGUCGUCUAUUGGACCUCCAACUUCAUCUGGGACAUGAUGGCAUACUUGCUACCAGCGACGUGCUGUAUCCUGAUUCUCAUAUUAUUUGACGUUCCUGCCUAUUCUUCCCAUACCAAUCUGCCUGGUGUUGUGACACUCUUUCUUCUCUAUGGGUUUUCCAUGACACCCAUCAUGUACCCAGCAUCCUUCUUGUUCUCUGAGUCCAGCUCAGCGUAUGUUACCUUGAUCGUCUUGAAUCUCUUCACGGGAGUUACGUCAAUCAUCACAACGUUCAUCCUUGAAAUCUUCAACAAUGACGAGGAUUUGGCAAGUCUGUACACUGAGCUGGACAAACUGUUCCUACUGUUCCCCAACUACUGCCUAGGGAAAGCACUCAUGGAUCUAUCCUUCAAUGAGUACAUGAAUGAAUACUACUACAUGAUUGGAAUGGAGGAGGAGAUGCAGAGCCCGUAUCAGUGGGCGUUGCUGUAUCGUAUCUUUGUCAUCAUGGGAUGUGAAGGAAUUGUUGCGUUUAUCUUCACGUUACUCUGCGAGUGUCGCUUCUUCAUCAAACCCAGACGGAAGAAGUCCUCCAAGUAUUCCCUGUUGGAUGAUUCAGAUAUCGAUGAAGACGUCAUAGAAGAGAGAGACCGAGUCUUGAGUGGUCUGGCUAAGAAUGAUGCGUUGUGCAUCAAACAGCUCUCCAAGAUGUACAAGACAAAGCGUUUUGGGUCUCAUCUGGCUGUGGAUGGACUGUGUCUUGGUGUACCCCAAGGCGAGUGUUUUGGUCUGCUGGGUGUGAAUGGAGCUGGGAAGACCACGACCUUCAAGAUGUUGACAGGGGAUGAGUCCAUCACACAAGGAGAUGCGUUCCUGAAAGGACACAGUGUGUAUAAGGAUAUGCUGAAGGUGCAGCGUCUGAUCGGUUACUGUCCUCAGUUUGAUGCACUGUUUGAUGAGUUGACAGCAAGAGAACACCUGACACUGUAUGCCAGACUCAAAGGAAUCCCAACAAGGCAACAAAAGAAGGUUGUGGACUGGGCCGUACGCCGAGUGGCGCUCACUCAGUAUGCAAAUAAGCCGGCUGGAACCUACAGUGGAGGGAACAAACGCAAACUAUCAACUGCUAUAGCACUACUAGGCCAUCCACCGGUCAUCUUCAUGGAUGAGCCAACAACUGGUAUGGAUCCGCACUCCCGACGAUUUCUGUGGGAUUUGAUUCGUUCCAUCACUCAAGAAGGCAGAUCAGUCAUCCUUACAUCUCACAGUAUGGAGGAAUGUGAGGUCCUAUGUACACGCUUAGCCAUCAUGGUCAACGGCAACCUACAAUGUCUGGGCAGUGCACAACAUCUGAGAAACAAGUUUGGUGACGGGUACUACGUCACUCUCAGGGUCAGGGGUCAGAACCCUGACCUACGACCUGUCAAUAGAUUCUUCAUCGUGACCUUUCCGUUUGCCAUACUGAAGGAGGAACAUCACAACAUUCUGCAGUAUGAGAUCCCACUGGAGUAUGUUUCUCUCAAGGAUUUGUUCGGCCAACUACAAGACGUCCAAGAAUCACUGCAGAUUGAGGAUUACUCCAUCAGUCAAAUGACACUGGAUAAUGUCUUUGUCAACUUUGCCAAGCAGCAGCUGGAGAAACAAGAUGCUCUCGACUCUGCAAGUCACAGAAGAAAGAGAAAACAUCAACUGAUGAGACUCAAAAGAGCAGACAUGGAACCCCUCCUGCUUGACGAUGAGUUUGACAGCAGUUUCAAUGCCAAGAAUGCAAUGCCUCUGUCAACCAAAGGGUUGAAGAAUCAACUGCUGAAACCCUGGCAACUAUUCAAGAGAAGACAGAGUGUCAGUGAGAAGCCAGUAUGGUUUGAAGAUGAAGAGUACUGCAACGAGGAGUCCGAUGAUGAGCCAUUACUGGAUCUAAGGCGUGACGAUCAAGAGCCAGGCGAGAGAUACCAUGAGAUGUGCAGUAUGGAACAUGAUGAGCCAUUACUGGAUUUAAGCAGUGAGGAUCAAACACAAGGCCAGAGAAUGCAGCAUCUAAGACAAUCAUCACCUUGUAUCCAUGACAACAAUGACGAACCAUUGAUACUGCAAGAUGAUGCAGCAUCUACGACCCACCCUACUGAUCCACUGACGUGCUCCCGGUACCACGAAGAGGACACACAGCCGCAUGGAAUACAGCAGUUUGAUCUCAACAAGCAGUGUCUACUCCAGGACUGUGAUGAAGACGAUGUCAUGCUACCGUUAGAUGAAGCUACAAGCAGAUUAUCCUUGAUUGACAUGGACUGAUACAAUUGGAUUUGUGAUAACCUUACAACCGUUCUUCAUGCGCCUGCAUUGCUGCACAUGUCAGAAGACCAUCUGUGCGUAAGAUGCUGCAUGUUUUAAUUAUUAUAUCUUGUAUUUUUUUGUGAACAGUAUAAUAUGUUAAGUUUUUUGUAGUAUCCAGUGAUAUAUUGAGCUAGCAUGGUAGAAUUGCGUCAACGCAGCUUGUGGAACAUUGUCCAAUUACAUGAUAUACAAAUGGGUGCGGAACGCGCAACAUCUGAGAUUAACAAAACUUAGCGUACAAAAAUUCCAUAGGGUUGUCUAAUUAAGGGGCGUGGCUAACUUGCAAACGGCGAUAGGUCAAUUGUUCAACUGAUAUCAUUUGCAGGGAAUCAUUAUGUCCAUUGAUAACAAGAAGUAAUAUGCGUCAUUCUAGGAUGGAUCCAGAGAGCUUAGUACCGGGGGGCCUGAGGGUGGGCCAGGGGCAGAAGGGUUCUCUCAAGUGAAAAAUUGCCUUAUUUAGGCAAUUUUGGUCACUGCCAGGGGGUAGGGGGGAGGGUGGAUCCGCCACCAGCGUCACUCUGUCUUACCUGAAUGCAUUAUAAACCAUGUGUUGCACAUUCUUUAUUCAUUAAUUUGAAGUUUGAGUGCAUUCUUUAUUUUAUUCAACAUAGUGUGUUAUUGACCCUUUGCAUUUGACAUCACAUAGGAGGGCAGGUCUGUGUUCCUCUGUCAUACGCAUGAGUACACACUUUGCCCUUUCAUUUUCUCUGAUUUUAAAUAACAAAAACUGUCCCUCAGCCUAUUUUAAUUUAUAUUAUCUUUGCUUAUGUUAUGUACAUACUUUUAAAUUGAAGUUGGCACUUAAUUGUGGUAUUUUAUCAGAAAUGAGUUUCGCAUUAUAUUCUAGCAUUUAGCUGAGAUACAAAAAAAAUCACGAAAGUAAUGAACAUUGUAAUGACAGACAUAAAGUGGAAACAUUUUAAUGGUUUGCAAUGUAAUCAAAGUAUUUUGUCAAAAAAAAAAAAAUUAGAGUAAUUUUACUAAUUUGGAGUAUUAUAAGCCAGUUUGGUAUUUGAACUGCUCAUGCGCACAAUGUUAUGGGCAGCGGGUCAUUUCAAAUAAUCGGUCAUGGAAGGCUCAUGAACGCGCAGGGAGACUGGCGCACGAUGCUCCCUUGUUAAUUAGGAGCAGACUGGACGUUUGCGUAACACACGUCCACGAUUUUAUCCCGAAUGACCCUUGAUCUUGAUUACCUCAAGAUACCAAACUGGCAUAUUACAUUACAUGUAAUGUCACUAAAUUAAAAAAUAUACUAUUAGGCC